AGCGACCACACUGAGGACUUUAGGGCUCAACCAGCUUCAGCACAUGGGAAGCUUCACACAUGAAGCCUCUGUGGUGAGAUACUGGGUAUUGCUGCCAUUUAUUUGCCUACAAUGACCAGUCUCAUUGACAUCCUGCAGUUCUUAACUUGAUUCUGGAGGACUGGUGGAGUAUGAAAGAGAGCAAAUUGCUGUUUAAAUACUUGCUGACACAGCACUGACAGCCAAACAACCUGGGAACUGGUGACUGGUUAGAGGAGGUGAAUACGUAAGUAAAAAUAUGCAGGAACUUUAAUGUCAUAAGACUAAGUUUUGGAACUUUUUGAAAAACAUUUGUACAGACUGUGUUUAAAUAAGUGUUUAUUUGGGUUCACUGCUUCAUAGUCCUAUUAUUCGUAUGGGUAAUGAAUUGUCUUUUGGCCUGAAAGUCCCCUCUGAUUGGAUGACCUAGGUCUGCCACAAAAUAUCUUUGCCACCCAUCUGUUCUUUUUAAAUAGGUCAAAAGCAUCCCUGGCAAACAAGAAAUACAAUUUAUAUAUGUUUGCUAUGUUCAGAUUUGAAUACCUGAUAUUUAAUUUGACAAAAUCUUAAAGUGCCUUCCCCAUGUUUUCAUUCUCAAUGAAUUGACCUCAUGUGAAGAUUACGUGUUUUACAGAUUGCUUUAUGUAAGCCUUCAUAGAAUUCAAGCAAAAACAGUCCACCGUAGGAUUGAGGCCAUCAAGGUUGAGAAUCACCAGGUAAUGAGAUUAAAAAGACACAGAGUUGAACGUCCUCUAGCUUCAGCUCCACUGCUGCCGCCUCGCUCAACUUUCCACUCUGUGAAUGAAGAAGGUGGAGCUGUUUAAAAAUGUCUGAAUGGAAUGUGCCGUGAACCUGCACCUCAGUCAGUGAGUGUGUACUGGGAUUUCUAGCACUCCAAAUGUAUGAGUUCCUAGAGAUAUACCCUGCCUCAGGAACAGCAGCAUCAACACUAUGUUGUAAAAACAAACAUAACAGUACAAUUGAACACAACCUGAGGUAAAUUAAGGGGCUUUUGGGGCUGUAUUUUCAAUAAUGUGCAGUGAUUUUGUUUUUUCGUUUGAUAUUUUGAACAGAAACAGACAUGGGAUGUGGCGUCACAAAGUCCAACCAGUUCCAUAAACAAUCUAAGAAAGCCGUGACAACUCUAAGAGCCGCUGUCCUGAUUCAGAGAUGGUACCGUCAGUACGUAGCACGAACAGAAAUGAGACGCAGAUACACCUGGAACAUCUUCCAGUCCAUCGAAUACUCUGGAGAACAGGCUCAGAUAAAGCUUUAUAACUUCCUCGGCUAUCUCAUGGACAAUUUCACCCCAUCAAGCAACGAGCGAAAUUUAAUCUCGCACAUCUUCAGAGAGAAUGAGGUUUGCCGCGAUGCGGAGUGGGAGAGGUACUUCUGCUUUGAGAACAUCGAGGUGCCAGAGAUUUACUCAGGACCUCAUCUCACAUUCCCACUCACGAUGGAGCAGGCAGUUGGGCUGGUGGAGGCCUUCAGGAACAAGAAACAGCUGCACUCACGCUACGUCCUCCAGCUGCUGCUGGAGACAUGGAAACUGCUCCGGAUGUUGCCAAACAUCAACCGCAUCUCAACCUGCCACAGUAAAGAAAUCACUAUUUGUGGUGAUUUGCACGGCCAACUGGAAGACCUGCUGUUGGUUUUCUACAAGAAUGGCAUGCCGUCCUUGGACAAGCCCUAUGUGUUUAAUGGAGACUUUGUAGACCGAGGCAAAGACUCCAUUGAGAUCAUCCUCAUCCUGUUUGCGUUCCUGCUUCUCUAUCCGAGGGACGUCUACCUCAACCGAGGAAACCACGAGGACCACAUAGUCAACCUGAGAUACGGCUUCACAAAGGAGGUGUUGACUAAAUACAAGCUGCACGGCAAACGGAUCCUGAAGCUGUUGCAGAAGAUUUUCAGCUGGUUGCCAUUAGCGACAGUGAUUGACCAAAAAGUGCUGGUGCUCCAUGGAGGGAUCUCCGACUCCACUGACCUUAGUGUCAUUGCCAGAGUGGACAGACACAAAUAUGUUUCAGCACUGAGGCCUCCAAAGAGGAGACAUAUGAGCUCCACGAGGACGUCAAUCGACUCGGACAUGGACGAAGAAGUCUGGUCCGCCAACAGGUUCCUCCUUCGCAGAGGCUCCCUUGUAUAUCCCAAACCUCUGGGAGCCCGCAGCAGCUUCCACAACUGCUCGCUGCAGGAUUUCUCUGACCGGAUCAAAGUGAACAUGGAGGAUGGACAAGACGUUCACAGGAGGAGACCGUCCACUUUCAUCUGUGGGAUCAACAGCUCAGAACAACAGGAGGCCGUGUCUGUGUUGUCUGAGUCCGUCAGCAGUGACACUGCCAACGAAGAAUGGAAACAGAUCCUGGAUUUGCUGUGGAGUGACCCGAUGACCCCGGAAGGCUGCAUACCCAAUGAAGUGCGAGGUGGAGGCUGCUACUGGGGCCCUGACGUCACCGAGGACUUUCUGAACAGACACAAUCUGCAGCUCAUCAUCCGCUCGCACGAGUGCAAACAAGAAGGAUACGAGUUUUGCCACAACCGCAAGGUCCUCACUCUGUUCUCUGCCUCCAAUUACUACGAUGUGGGGAGCAACAGGGGCGCCUACGUCAAACUGGGUCCAGACCUUUUGCCUUAUAUGAUUCAGUACCAGGCCAGCAGCAUGACCCGAGAACUCAGUGUUGGACAAAGUGUUGGACGAACUGAGCGCUCGGCCCUCAAAGUCCUGCGGGAACAGUUGUUUGCGCACAAGUCUGACCUCAUCUGUACCUUUAAAAAGUACGACAGCGGCGGCACAGGUUUUGUGUCUCUUACUGACUGGGCCUCUGCAGUGGAGAGUGUGAUGCACCUCAAUCUGCCGUGGAGGAUGCUGCGCUGUCAGCUGGUCACCUGCAAGACCAGCAACGGCAUGAUAGACUACCACGACUGGUUCAACGAGCUCGCCAUCAAAGGACCAAACACGGAUCACAUUGACCAGAGUCUGCUGGAGACGCUGUAUCGCCACCGCUCCACCUUGGAGACCAUCUUCAGGAUUGUAGACACUGACAACUCGGGCUUCAUCACCAUUGAGGACUUCCGGCAGACUUGGAAGCUGCUGAGCGUCUACUUAAAGAUGGCAAUCACGGAUGAAGCCAUCUCUGACCUGGCCGUCACCAUUGACAGCAACCAUGACGGCAGCAUUGACAUUGACGAGUUCAUGGAGGCCUUUCGCCUCACGGACAAGAAGAGCCGGUUGGAGCGAGGGCGCAGCAUGUUUAUGGGCACAGCCACCGACCUCACCAAGUUGGAUGAGGACCCCACGGUUUGAGUUCCAGUGAGUGGGAGCAAAGACCGACAGAAGAGAGUGUGACUCCUCGCCAGCGAGGCGGCAGAUGGGAGGGCGGGGAGACGCAAGCCAACGCAGGCUGCUUUACUGACGCACAUUGAGAAGUAGGAUGCUCCUGAGCAACAGCUGUGUGGAAGGCAUGGGAUCAGGAUGAGGAUGUUAAGGAGCAUAUGCUCAUUUCAUUUUCUGAGGGAAGUGUGGGUCAAACCACGAGCACUUAGCUUCUGUGGUUACGUUGUAAUAGUUUAUGAACAGUAACCAAAAGGGCUUCAUACUUAGACUACGUCAUUAUCACAAUAACAAGGCAGUGACCGCUGUUA